CUCUAUGCCAAUCGAUGCUUGUCCACCUCUAUUGAACGUGCUUGUCACUUCGAAGCAGAAAAAGCUAAAAAAUAAAGGAACUUUUACUAAAAAACUUAAGUUAAUAAUGGAUUGCAAUCCGCUGUCGCAGUUCAGCCAGCAGCUCCUUGCUUUUUUCACCCAGUCUGUGGAUGAGGCGGAGAAGGAGUCGGCUUUGGCUCCGGUGCGCUUGCGCAAAUGCGGCGACAUCAUCCGGAGCCACGACGAGGAUCUGGCCGCGAACGGGGACCUCAGCCUAGCGGCCACCGCGCGCUACUGGCAGAGCUUUGCCAAACGGCAGGGACUCCAGCUGCGCCUGGAUACGGUUGUCCUGAUGCCCGGCGAGGAGCAGCGCGAGGAGCUGAUCCGCCAGUCCAAGGAGUGGCGCUUUCCGCUUUGCAGGAUCACGAUGCUGCACAAGGACCGAUAUGGACUGCACUUCCAGCGCAGUCCGGUCAUCGCCCAUGUGCUGAAGACCGUGCUCGGGCAUGGCGCCGACUACGGGCGUUCCCAGAAGACGGAGCACUCGCCCACCAUGUGCCUGCGCUGGCAGACCGGUGCCGGAGCCACCGAUGGCUCCCAGGAGCUGCGCCACUAUCGCCAGCAGGAGCUCUACAAGAUCGUGUUCCGGCUGGUCGACUACUCGCCCUGGCGCCUGGUCGAGGCCGAGGAUCGGAAGGAGGACACCCUCUGCGUGAACGUUGAGGCCCAGAAAUGCUGCCAGGUGCAGCCCAAGGACCAUGUCUGCCUCGUGAGUGGUCCUGUGGUGGAGCCCGUGAAGAAGACAGCCACCGCUUUGAUGGUGGACGACUAUUUGGAGCUGCGUUCCACGCACAUGCGUCUGAUGGCCUUGCACCGCAGUGGAUACCGUCCGCCCGGCAUGUGCAACCUGAACACGCUGAUGAAGCGUCUGGGGGCGGCUGCCGUGACCGUGGAUCUGUUCGAGGUGCGCCACGCCUCCGCCGCCUGUGUGGUGCGCAACGGAGUGGGCAGCUCCAAGGGGGCCUCGUACAUCCUGUACAACUCGGCACGUCUGGAGACCCUGCUGCGCACAUUUGCUGCUCAGGUGAACGCUGGCGUCUACGAGCCACUGCCCCCGCUGGGGGAGAUCGAUCUCAGCGUUCUGGCGGAUGAUAUGGACUGGCAGCUGAUUUACGGCUACCUAUUGACUUUCCCAGAGCUACUUGAAUCCCUGAUGGAUCAAGUGCAGCAGGGACAGUGCGGAGUCCAUCUGUUGGUGCACUUUAUCGGCAAUCUGGCCAGCGCCUUUAGCCGCUACUAUCGCCACAAGAAGGUGCUUGUCCAGAAGCGCGAUCAACUGAUGCCCACUCUGUAUGCCCGGAUCUACCUCAUCAUGGCCGUGCGUCAGGUGUUGAAUGUGGCCUUGUCGCUGCUCGGCAUCGAACCGGUGGACUAUGUAUAGAUCUCCACUAAACGAGCAUCUUGUACAACUUGCAAGGGAAGCCAAAGAGAAGCUUUUAACUUGACGAUAACAUGAAUACUGUCUAAACACAACUUGGUGAUGAAUAACUGAAACCAUGUGAUAUAUUUAAUAUAUAUUUGAUAUAGAUAAUAAGAUUUCCAUAAUCAAAUACUAUGUUGGAUGCAGGUCUCCACCUUUCCCAUACUUAUAUUCUA